AUGGCUGGGAGAAACGAUGCUGCGAUUGUUGCUGCUUUGGAGGCUAUGGCUCAAGCUCUGGAACAUCAACCUAAUGCUGGUGAGAAUGUUGGGUCUCACAGUUUGGCUACUUUCCAGAGGGAGAACCCGCCGGUCUUCAAAGGCAAGCAUGACCCUGAUGGAGCCUUAGAGUGGUUGAAAGAGAUCGAGAGGAUCUUUCGUGUAAUGGAUUGUACUCAGGCUCAAAAAGUUCGCUAUGGGACGCAUAUACUAGCAGUCGAAGCUGACGACUGGUGGCUAGCAACACGACCUAGACUAGAAGCUGCAGGUGAAGAGAUCACUUGGGACGUGUUCCGAAGAGAAUUUCUGAGGAAGUAUUAUCCUGAGAGCGUCCGUGGCAAGAAGGAAAUUGAGUUCCACGAACUGAAACAAGGGGACAUGUCAGUGACUGACUAUGCUGCAAAGUUCACUGAAUUGGCCAAAGUUUAUCCAUACUAUGAUGGAGAGGGUGCAGAGUUUUCAAAAUGCGUUAAGUUUGAAAAUGGGUUACGCUCUGAGAUCAAGAAGGCUAUAGGGUAUCAACAGAUCCGCGUUUUCCCUAACUUGGUAGACAACUGCAGAAUCUUUGAGGAAGAUAAUGCUGCUCACUAUAAGAUUGUCAGUGAUAGGAGAGGUAAGCAGAGUCAGCAACGUGGCAAGCCUUAUGACACUCCAGCUGGCAAGGGCAAAGAGAGAGCUGCUCCGGGCCAGAGAACAAGUGGGGGAGGUGCUCCUGCCCCGAUUGUGUGUUUUAAAUGUGGCAAGGCUGGUCACAAGAGUACUUACUGCACUGAUGACGUUAAGAAGUGUUUCCGUUGUGGCAAGACUGGUCAUAUGAUGUCUGAAUGUAGACAAAAAGAAGUGGUUUGUUUUAAUUGCGGUGAAGAAGGACACAUUGGAAGUCAAUGUCAGAAACCAAAGAAGGCACAAGCUGGUGGUAAGGUGUUCGCAUUGGCUGGUACUCAGACAAGCACUGAGGACAGACUCAUUAGAGGUACUUGCUUCAUCAAUAGUAUGCCUUUAAUUACUAUUAUCGACACUGGUGCUACUCAUUGUUUUAUUGCUGCUGAAUGUGUUGAAAAGUUGGGUCUUGUGCUAUCUUCGAUGAAUGGCGAGAUGGUAGUUGAGGUUCCAGCUAAAGGAUCUGUGACUACAUCUCUUGUUUGUUUGAAGUGUCCGUUGUCGAUCUUCGACAGGGACUUUGCUGUUGAUUUAGUAUGUUUACCGUUAGCCGGGCUGGACGUAAUUUUGGGAAUGAACUGGUUAGAAUAUAACUAUGCUCAUAUCAAUUGUUAUAACAAGACUGUGAGAUUUUCAACUGCCGAAGAAGAAAAAGCUGGCUUAGUGUCGUCUAAGCAGGUACGACAAUUGCUGAAGGAAGAAGUAGAGAUGUUCUCGUUGAUGGCAACAUUGUCAAUCGAGAAUCAGAACAUCAUCGAUGAGUUACCGGUGGUAAGAGAAUUCCCUGAAGUUUUUCCCGAUGAGAUUCCUGAUGUGCCGCCAGAAAGAGGAAUUGAGUUUACGAUUGAUCUUGUACCUGGUACCAGACCUGUUUCUAUGGCACCGUACAGGAUGUCCACAUCUGAGUUGACAGAAUUAAAGAAGCAAUUAGAAGAUUUACUGGAGAAGAAGUUUGUCAGACCAAGUGUAUCGCCGUGGGGAGCUCCAGUGCUGUUAGUGAAGAAAAAGGACGGAAGCAUGAGACUUUGCGUAGAUUAUAGACAGCUGAAUAAAGUAACCAUUAAGAACAAAUACCCGCUACCGAGAAUAGAUGAUUUGAUGGACCAAUUGGUGGGUGCGAGUGUUUUUAGCAAGACCGAUCUGAGGUCGGGUUACCAUCAGAUUAAGGUCAAAGAUGAAGAUGUACAAAAGACAGCAUUCAGAACAAGAUAUGGACAUUAUGAAUAUUUAGUGAUGCCAUUUGGUGUUACGAACGCGCCAGGAGUAUUUAUGGAAUAUAUGAACCGUAUCUUCCAUGAGUAUUUAGAUCAGUUUGUCGUGGUGUUCAUAGACGACAUCUUGAUAUAUUCUAAAUCAGAGCCAGAGCAUUCAGAUCAUUUGAGGACGGUAUUGCAAGUGUUGAAAGAAAGGAAGUUGUAUGCGAAGUUGUCCAAUGGCAUUGCUGUAGACCCAUCUAAGGUAGAUGAUGUGUUACAAUGGGAGACUCCAAAGUCAGCUACCGAGAUCAGAAGUUUCUUGGGCUUGGCCGGUUACUACAGACGGUUUAUUGAAGGAUUUUUUAAGUUGGCACUUCCAUUAACUAAGUUGACGUGUAAGGGUAAAGUGUUCAUAUGGGAUGCACAAUGUGAAGAAAGUUUUGUGGAAUUGAAGAAGAGAUUGACGACAGCUCCGGUUUUGACAUUACCAAACCCAGGAGAACCUUUUGUAGUUUAUUGUGAUGCUUCUUUGAUGGGUUUAGGUGGUGUACUUAUGCAGAACGGUAAGAAGGAGCUGAACAUGAGACAACGAAGAUGGUUAGAAUUAUUGAAAGAUUAUGAUUUCGGAUUGAAUUAUCACCCCAGUAAGGCGAAUGUUGUGGCUGAUGCCUUAAGCCGGAAGACCUUGCACAUGUCCGCUAUGAUGGUUAAAGAAUUAGAACUGAUCGAACAAUUCCGAGAUAUGAGCUUGAUUUGUGAAGUGACCCCGCAGAGUGUUAAGUUGGGAAUGCUCAAAAUUGAUAAUGACUUUCUGAACAGUAUCAAAGAGGCUCAGAAAUUGGAUGUGAAAAUGGUGGACAUUAUAGUUGGUUGUGGCAAAUCCGAGAAGAGUGAUUUUAAGGUGGACGCGCAAGGAGUGUUGAGAUUGCGGAAUCGAAUCUGUAUCCCUGAUGACAAUGAUAUGAAAAGGAUGAUUUUAGAAGAAGGUCAUCGGAGUAACUUGAGUAUUCACCCUGGAGCUACUAAAAUGUAUCAAGACUUGAAGAAGAUAUUUUGGUGGCCGAGGAUGAAAGAAGACGUGGCACGAUUUGUAUAUGCUUGGUUGCCUAAUACUGCAAGUGGACACGAUUCAAUAUGGGUGAUUGUUGAUAGGCUUACCAAAUCAGCCCAUUUCAUACCUAUUAACAUCACGUAUCCGGUGGCAAAGUUAGCUGAGAUCUAUGUCCGAAUGAUUGUGAAGUUGCAUGCGUUGUAUGGUCGGAGGUGUAUAACUCCGCUAUGUUGGCACGAAUCUGGCGAAGGUGUAGUACUUGGACCGGAAAUUGUACGAGAAACCACAGAGAAGGUAAAGAUGAUUCGGUAA